CCGCCGCCAGUCUCUGCUCGGACACAGUUGCUUUUGCCUCUGCACCACCAUGUCGCUCGUCUCAGAUGCCAUCUGGGCAGCAUCGCCGACUACCACCAGAGGACAGGCCACGCCGCUGUCGUCGGACCCCAAGGGCGAGCGCAUCGCCUAUGCGUCUGGCAAAUCCGUCUUUCUCCGCUCCAUCGACGAUCCCGCCGUCAGUAAACAGUACACGCAGCACACGACCCAGACCACCGUCGCCCGCUUCUCGCCCUCUGGCUUCUACGUAGCCAGCGGCGAUGUCUCGGGCAUGGUCAGGGUCUGGGACUGUGCCGGCGAGGGCGCGACAAAAGGCGAAUACCCAAUCAUUGCCGGCCGAAUCAACGACCUCGCGUGGGACGGCGACUCGCAGCGCAUCAUUGCCGUAGGCGAUGGCAAGGAGCGUUUCGGCCACUGCAUCACGGCCGACAGCGGCAACAGCGUGGGCGAGAUCUCGGGCCACUCUUCGCAGAUCAACUGCGUCUCCAUCCGCCAGCAACGGCCCCUCCGCGCCGCCACGGGCUCCGACGACACCAGCCUCGUCUUCUACCACGGCGCCCCCUUCAAGUUCAACACCAGCCUGCGCGGCCAGCACAACCGCUUCGUCUUCGGCACCGCCUUUGCCCCAGACGGCUCCGUCUUCGCCAGUGUCGGUGCAGACAAGCGCAUCUGGCUGUUCGAUGGCAAGACUGGCGAGCCAAAGGCCCAGAUUGGCGAGGGCGUCCACACGGGCAGCAUCUUUGGCGUUUCGUGGUCCAAGGACUCCAACCGCUUCGUCACAGCCAGCGCCGACCAGACGGUUCGCAUCUGGGACCCCGAGGCCGGCAAGGCCAUCCAGACGUGGCGAAUGGGCGAAGAGGGCGUCGUGAGCGUGCCCGACCAGCAGGUUGGCGUUGUCUGGCCCACGGGCCGCAGCGACGGAUUGAUCGUAAGCGUCGACCUCGACGGAAACCUAAACUACCUCGUCGACGGCAGUCCCAAGCCAACGCGCGUGAUUCGCGGCCACCAAAAGAACAUCACGUCAGCUGCCAUUGCAGGCUCAACCUUUGCCACGGGCAGCUACGAGGGACGCGUUCUCGCAUGGGACACCACAACAGGCCUGGCUGACAAGGUCGAGGGCGCCGCCCAUACCAGUUAUGUCGCUGGCAUCACCACAUCGGACAGCAGCAGCGGGAAGGAGCUCUACAGCGUCGGCUGGGACGACACAUUGCGCUCCAUCUCGGUUCCGGACAAGAUCUUCACGGGCGAAGCGCUUGACCUCAAAUUCCAGCCAAAGGGCGUGGCGGCUACAUCCAGCACUGUGCUGAUUCCCUCGUCUGAUGCGAUAUCAGUCUACUCCAAUGGGGCCCAGGUAAGCUCGCUAGCCGUCAAGUACACACCUACAUCGAUUGCUGCACAUGACUCUAUGGUGGCUGUUGGUGGGGAUGACAAGCUUGUCCACAUCUACACGCUGUCAGGCACCGAGCUCAAGGACACCGAAACCGUGUUGCGCCGUGCAACGGCACCAAUCUCCGCGCUCGCCUUCUCACCCUCGGGUAAGAAGCUUGCGUUUGGUGCGGCCAACGGCAAGAUUUACGCGUACGAGACAGGCGGAGAAUGGAAGAUCAUCACCGACAGGUGGAGUGCGCACACUGCACGCAUUACCUGCUUGGCUUGGGAUGAGAGCGAGAACUACGCUGCAAGCGGCAGUCUUGAUACAAACGUCAUGGUCUGGAGUACCGAGGACCCCGGAAAGCGCAUCAAGGCCCUCAAUGCCCACAAGGAUGGAGUGAACGGCGUUGCAUGGGAGAAGGCAGCAAAGGUCAUCUCGGCAGGUGGAGAUGCAAGCAUCAAAAUAUGGACCGUGAAAGCAUAGCUGUGCCAUUCAGCCAGCCAAAGAAUCGGGCAGUCGGACAAGAGGCCGUCGAUGAUUGAGCAUGUUUUAGAUGAAAGCGUCCAGAGCGAGCCAAGUAUCCUUUUGGAGGACUUUUUCAGAAUGAGGCGAGUCAGGUGUGUAUGGUGGCGUCGAGUGUCCUUGUUGUGUUCCUCUGAUAGGAGCAAACAGGCAGCACCGCCGACACGACAUGCGAGUAUUCUAUUCCAAUCACACAUCACAUGCAAAAUCUAAC